AUGUAUUGUUGCACCUCCGUUGAGUGCGAUGUGGCCGAUACCGAAUUCUUUGCUCGCCUUGUUUUCCUAGGGCCAAACGGUGUUGAGAAGGUGUACGGAAUCGGCAAACUCAACGAGUACGAGAUUGACUUGCUGAAGAAGGCGUUGCCAGAUUUGCAGAAGAACAUCAAGAGGGGCCAGGAGUUCGCCGCAACUUACUAG